AUGAACCGGCAGCUAGUGAACAUUUUGACAGCCUUGUUUGCAUGUUUCUUAGAGACAAACCACUUCAGGGCAGCUUUCUGCAAAGACCAUGACUCCAGGUCUGGAAAACAACCUUCGCAGACCCCAUCUCCUUCAGAUUUCUUGGAUAAAUUAAUGGGAAGGACAUCAGGAUAUGACGCAAGAAUCAGGCCAAAUUUUAAAGGGCCUCCUGUAAAUGUUACCUGCAACAUAUUUAUCAACAGCUUUGGGUCAAUAGCAGAAACUACAAUGGACUACCGAGUGAAUAUUUUUCUGAGACAACAGUGGAAUGAUUCACGGCUGGCUUAUAGCGAGUACCCUGAUGAUUCUCUGGACUUGGACCCAUCGAUGCUGGACUCCAUUUGGAAACCAGAUUUGUUCUUUGCCAAUGAGAAGGGGGCCAACUUCCACGAUGUCACCACCGACAACAAGUUGCUUCGCAUUUCAAAAAAUGGCAAAGUGCUCUACAGUAUCAGGCUCACCUUGACCUUAUCCUGUCCCAUGGACUUGAAGAAUUUUCCAAUGGAUGUCCAGACGUGUACAAUGCAGCUGGAGAGUUUUGGGUACACGAUGAAUGACCUGAUAUUUGAGUGGUUAAGUGAUGGUCCAGUUCAAGUUGCUGAAGGAUUGACCCUGCCUCAGUUCAUUUUGAAAGAAGAGAAGGAGCUCGGCUACUGCACAAAGCACUACAACACUGGCAAGUUUACCUGCAUCGAGGUUAAGUUUCACCUGGAACGCCAGAUGGGAUAUUACUUGAUCCAGAUGUACAUCCCCAGUCUGUUGAUAGUCAUUUUGUCCUGGGUCUCUUUUUGGAUAAACAUGGAUGCAGCCCCUGCCAGAGUUGCACUGGGCAUCACGACAGUCUUAACGAUGACCACCCAGAGUUCAGGCUCCAGGGCAUCUCUGCCAAAGGUCUCCUACGUAAAAGCGAUUGACAUCUGGAUGGCAGUGUGCCUUCUGUUUGUGUUUGCAGCCUUACUGGAAUAUGCAGCAGUGAACUUUGUCUCCAGGCAGCACAAGGAGUUUCUGCGGCUCCGGAGAAGGCAGAAGAGGCAGAAUAAGGAAGAAGAUGUUACCCGUGAAAGUCGUUUUAAUUUCAGUGGUUACGGGAUGGGUCACUGCCUUCAAGUGAAAGAUGGAACAGCUGUCAAGGCCACACCUGCCAGCCAGCUCCCACAGCCCCCCAAAGAUGCAGAUGCCAUCAAGAAGAAGUUUGUGGACCGGGCAAAAAGGAUUGACACGAUUUCUCGAGCUGCCUUCCCAUUGGCCUUCCUCAUUUUCAACAUCUUUUACUGGAUCACAUACAAGAUCAUUCGGCAUGAAGAUGUCCACAAGAAAUAG